CCAAGGUCUCUCCUUCAUGCGUUCCCUCCAGAGGCCCCCAUACCCCCCACUUUACCCAGGGUGAGGGAGCAGGGUCUGUCCAUGAUCCUAAUAGCACCACGGUGGCCGGGGAAACAUUGGUUGGUGAAGAUCUCCCAACUCCUGUGAGGUUCCCCAUGGCAACUGCUGCUCCUCAGGGACCUGUUGUCCCAGGCUCAUGGGGAGAUACACAUCCCACUAACUUGGGUUGAGGCUGAUGUUGGCUGAGCCGGCCAUUUUGAUGGAACAUUUGUGGGGAUGCAUGCUGCUGUUUGAGUCAAAUUACUAACUAACUAACUAACUAACUAACUAACUAACUAACUAACUAACUAACUAACUAACUAACUAACUAACUAAAUGAUAUACUAGCUAACUACAUCUUGGGUUGAGGCUGAUAUUGUCUGAGUCAGUCAUUUUGAUGACAUUUGUGGGGGUGCACUCAGCUUUUUGAGCCACAUUACUAACUAACUAACUAACUAACUAACUAACUAACUAACUAACUAACUAACUAACUAACUAACUAACUGACUGACUGACUGACUGACUGACUGACUGACUGACUGACUGACUAACUAACUAACUAACUAACUAACUAACUAACUAACUAAGUAACUAACUAACUAACUAACUAACUAACUAACUGAGAUACUAGCUAACUACAUCUUGGGUUGAGGCUGAUAUUGUCUGAGUCAGUCAUUUUGAUGACAUUUGUGGGGGUGCACUCAGCUUUUUGAGCCACAUUACUAACUAACUAACUAACUAACUAACUAACUAACUAACUAACUAACUGAGAUACUAGCUAACUACAUCUUGGGUUGAGGCUGAUAUUGUCUGAGUCAGUCAUUUUGAUGACAUUUGUGGGGGUGCACUCAGCUUUUUGAGCCACAUUACUAACUAACUAACUAACUAACUAACUAACUAACUAACUAACUAACUAACUGACUGAGUGACUAACUGACUGACUAACUAACUAACUAACUAACUAACUAACUAACUAACUAACUAGCCAUGCUAACUAUCCCACGGUGGCCGGGGAAAAUUUGAUUGGUGGAAAUCUCCCAACUCCUGUGAGGUUCCCCAUGGCAACUGCCGCUUUGCAAGGACCUGUUGUCCCAGGCUCAUGGGGAGACACACCACCCACAUCCAGAAAGGCUGGCCCUGUGGGCGUGGCCCCUGAGAGGCAGACUCUUGCGUGAAUGAGCUUUCAGCUGGUGUUAGAAAGAGCGGGUCAUUUAUCUUUUAUCAUCAUUAACCUCUCAGGUUAACGAGUAUUGCCUCUCCACUCUGGACAACAUCUGUCCUUUCAGAACCAGAUCAGUUCCUGCAGUAUAAACUCCCAGGCUCAAUUACAGCAUUUGCAGCCUGUGUAUGAAAACACGUCUCCCCGUCCACCUUCUGACAUCCGUUAACUCUGUAGUCAGAGAUGCGAGGGUUGUCUAUUACUCCAACCUGGUGUCGCAGAGACAAAGUCAGUACGGUAAGAUCUAGCAUCUCUCUUUCAGCCUUAUCUCUCCCAACCCCAACCCGACCCAUGACCCUAGAAAGUUUAGCUCGUGUUUAUUUGCCUGAGCUAGCAUGCCCCUUCGACACUUUCCCCUCAUCUGUGUUUAAAAAUGACACCCCCACUGUGGGAUUAACCCUCUUAUUCCCGUAACCAACUCAUUGGAUCUCUAACUUUUUUCUUUACAUCAGCCUCUUUUGGUUGAGAGAUCGGUACCUCCCUGGGAAAUAAAUUCAUUAUUCUUCUCGUCUCUGGAUUAAAAGAUCUUAACACAAAAGCUUCUUCUCUUUCUUGUUUCAAAUCAUCUUCACUUUACUGCAGCCUUCUGAUGUGCCUGAGUGCAGCCAUUUUUUCAUCUACCUUUAAUAAUUUCUCGUCUGUUUUCUUUAGUUCCCCUGUCAUGUUUUCACAAAAACGCAUCUUUUCUUGAAUUAAAAUAUUAUAUCUAGCAUUAUCUUUUCCCAAUGCAGCCGGUUUUACCUCAUUACUUUGUGUUGAGGCGUCCUUCAAAGCUAGCUGACUCAUUUUAUGUAACUGGCUGAUCUUCUUUUCUCUAUUAGUCUCAGGUCUGUUCGGAGGUCGCUCAAUCUUAUUUGUGUCAAAAUCGCGUUUUUCUUUUAAUUUUCUGUAAACGCUCAGGUUGUCAUUUUCCUUUCUGAGCGCUGCUAUUCGACUGUCAUUCUCUAAAACGAGUUUAUUUAGAGUAGAAAUCUUUUGAUGGAGGAUUUUCAUUUCUGCAUCAUGUUUCAAGCCUCUCUGUUGCAUAUUUUCUGCAUGUUUGGCUUCUCGUAUUUUAUACUCAAAAGCAGAUUUUUCUCUAAAUGCUGAAAUUUCAUCUUUCACUUUCUGAAUUUCUCUCUCAGUUUGGCUUAUUUUGUUUUUCAACUCCCAGUUGUAUUCUUCUAUAUCGUAUUGCAUUUUAAAAUCGCGUCGAGUGCUCUGACCAACAAUGACUUGUAGUAAGAAAUGAUGUUCUCUGUAUGACGUAUCAAAGCUUAUGAUCACGUGCUUCUAUGAAGCGUUCUGAUCUGCCUUGCUGACGCUUGCUCAGAGGUUACUAGAGGUCGCAACGUUCUAAUUUGCAUAUUCAUGACGCAAUUGCGUUGGUUACGUGACAUUUGCGCCUGGUCACGUGAGUCGAGUAUGAGGAAAAUGAAAGUGUGAUUAUCGCACAAAUCUUUCGGCAAACGUGUUCUGCUGGAAAUACGCGGAUUAAUUGCUCGGGUUGCAGGCACGGAUCCCCGUUUCUGUCAACUUUGAUCUCAGCAGCUGGAGCGGGGAUAAAGACGCGCUUCUUCAGAUAAAAGUGGAUGAUGGCAGCAUCUCAGAAAUUCCUGCUGAGAGUUUACAGCACUACAGAUGUUGUUGUGAAGGUUUCUCUAACUAAGCGGCCUGAGUCAGUGGAAGAACUAAUCACCAUACUCCGGGAGAAGCUCAACCCAAGGCUGGACUUUGAGUUUACCUUACAAUACGAAGACCCUGACUUUGAUGGGCAACUUACCUGUCUACAUGAUAUUCAAGAGCUACUAGAGAAGAGCACAUUAAAAAUAGUGCGAUCCGAAAGUGAUGCCAGUUCUUGUGCAAGUUCUGACACAGACAUCCUUCCUCAUGUGCCUUUAGCUCAGCGUCUGAAGUGUUGGCCUGACACUUUCCCAGUACCUACCUUUUCUUACGAAGUCGAACAUGUCCUUGAGAAGGGAAAUAAAGCCUACGAGAUGUCUGGAAAGCAACUGAAAUUGACACGAGCCCAAAAGCACAACAUCUUGGAGACCAUGGCUUCAGUGAUGCACACCUUCAAAGCCUAUCCGAGUGACAGAGAUGUGUGUUUGGCAGCAAAAGCUCUUGUUACCACUCAUCCAUGUCUUAAUGAGCCUGGAAGUUAUGGUUGGAAGACCAGUUUAAAAUUUAAGAUGGGAAAUUACCGCACCAAGCUAGCCAGAGCCGGAUGCGCGGAGGUGUCCGUGAAUGCUGGUAGAAGGAGUAUCAACAACCCAGAAGGAGAGUAUCCCCACUCCAACAUAAAAAGAGCACGAAAAGCUGAGGUAAACUACCUCCCAAACUUUCCAAGAGGAGAAGAUAAGGCCAGUCUGGAGGAAUUGAGAGUCCAGAUAAAAAAUGAGGUUGAGAAGACCGAGCCCAACAAAGUAAUGAUUGAAAAACUGAUGCAAACAACCUUUGCACUGCGUCGCCAUGAGAUCGUUCAAGAAAACCCAAUGGUGAAGGACUUCUUAGAGAAAUGGCCAGCUCUGCGAUUUCACUCACAGGUUUGUGCGGAGUUCCACCGAGUCACAAACAUCAACCUGCAGAAACAGUUCUAUGCUGAACUUGACAGACACACACCACGACUUAUGGCUCUAUACAGACAGAAGGCCACAUGCACUGGCAAGAUAUCGGAGGCUCUGCGAAACAUUCUGAAUCAUUAUGAUCAUCAGGAAGCACCUGAUGUCGAUGUGAAACGGACUGCAGUGCUACGUGCCCUUCCAGUAUACCUGCGGGAGGAAGACCCAGAAUUCUUUAAGACAUGUGAUGCGGGCACGCUGGAUGAGACGAACCUGACUGACACUCCAGUUGCCCUUCUCACAGUGGUUGCUGACGGCUCUGCUGAGACCAGUCCAGUCCAUUUCAGUCCUUCAAGCAUGGCUGUUGUGGUGGAAGGCGACUUGGUGAUCCGUGAUAUUGCCAGAUUUGCUGAUGCAUAUGCCUUAUUGUUUGGCUUGAUCUAUGCUCUGCAUUUGGACUACCCCAGGAAACUAGUUCACACAUUCACCUUUGUCCAGAAAGUCUUCAUGGGGCUUGAUGAUGGCAAACCACUGAAACCCAGCCUUCAUGCUCUUAGAAAUGAUUUGUUACAGAGUGAGUAGUUAUGAAAGAUAUGCAAGGCAACUGGUUGUUAGGACAGGCACACUGUUACUGAGCACCUUCUUUGAAGUAUUUUAUUUAAAGCACUUUUAAGUUUUCUACAGGCUUUGGGUGGAUGUAAUUCCCAUCAGUUUACCUCAUUUUUUUAUACAAGGUUAUUUGGGUGCCGAAAAACAUUAUUUGAACCUGUUAAAAAAUAUUUAUUUUAUUUAAUUUUUGUUUAUUUAAAAAAUCUCUUUUGUGUUUGACCUUUUGUUUUUCAUUUUUAUAUAUUAGAAGAAAGAUGACUUUUAGGACUGAUGUUCUUUUAUGAUUUUAUAAAAAUGUUAUUAAAUGUUAUUAGCAGCAUUUUGUACGCUCACUUGUGCUCCAGUCCAUGUCAGUGGUUCCAUGUUGAUGGUUUUAUAAAAAAAACAUUUAUGUGAUGUUUUUCACAAGUCCAUAAAAAUGUUAAUAAACAAAAUGUUAAGUGAA